AUGGCUAACGUACCGUAUGAGAUGGACUUCGGCGGGACAAAACGCACGAGGACUGAUCCCGAAGACUUCCAGUUCCUAAGAGCAAGCAAGCAGUUCAAGAGAGACUGGUCGGAGCAGUCUGACAUCGAAGAAGUGGGCUCGACGACCAGAAGCUUCGACACCGGUUCCAGGGCAGCAGAAAAGAUCCGAACACCCACGAGCGGACCCAAGCAACAAUCGAAGCAGAACGAGAAGAAUUUGACCACCGCGGGAUUUUUCAGCUGGCCCAUAAAUAAGACGUGCGAAAUGAUCAGUGGUCGCUCAUCUCACAAAGCUCUCCACGACAAGCGCCACGAGCAAAAUGAAGCAAAGAUUGCAGACCUGGAGGCUCAGAUUGAGGAACUUCGGGGCAAACUUAAGAGUGCGAAGCAGUCGGCGGAGCAACGCCGGAAGAACUACGAAGAUGAGAGGAGCCGCCGCAUCUCGGAGACGAACAAGCAGAAUGAUCUCGUUCAGCAGCAACACAAUUCGUACGAGCGGCUGGCGAAAGAGAUGAAGCAGAAGGCCGCCGAGAAAGAGAAAGCGGACCAGCGAGUGGCCGCGGUGCAAAGAGAGGCCAAUGAACGGAUCAAAGAAGCCGACUGUGACGCUGUGAAGGCACGAGAGCAGAGCAUACACUGGGAACAUACUGUCGACGAAUUGAAGCUCAAGAUUGAAGCGCUUGAACGCUCAACCAUUGCCCAGCACCACAGUAUGAAGCAGCUCGAAGGAUUCAAGAAAGACGCCGAAAGAGCUCAAAAUCAGAAGCUGGCCGCGGAGAAGGCUCGCCGAGAGCAAGAGCAGAAAGUCGAUGGGCUUGAGAAAACAAUUCGUAGUCUGCAGUCCCGCGCAUUGCGAUCUGUCGAGCCCGAAAAGUGGGCGCCUUUGUCAAGCUCUGACAUCGAGCACGAGCUCAAGGGUGUCCUGUCGAGUGUACGACAAUGGGCUCAAACCCACUGUCACCUCACGUUUGACGAUGUAAUCGAUAACUUUAAGCUUCUCGGGGAGGUCUUGGACGAUCAAGGCUGCAUCUCUGGUCGCAAGCAGCUCUGGGAUGCUCUAGUCGGAAAUGCAGCGAUCCAGAAGCACCAAAAGGCAGCGUCGUUGAUUUUCACCGCUCUCGCCUCUAACCACAUCUGCAAGAAAAUCAUCGGCGAUCCAUUCUUUGCCUUUGUCGAAGUCCAGCAGAAGGCUAACGCGCUGUAUCAUGGAGAUGGGGCCGCGGUGCGAGCUUUGGUCGAUAUGAUACGUCAAAGUGAUGAGAGGGGGGCGGAAGCUUGGAGAUGCCAGCUACUUCGUUUACUAGAUCCUGCAACCGUGGAAGAGAACCGGAAAUCCGCUGCUGCCAGUCUCUGCCAUGAAUUCUUCUACAAAGUUCUCAGGCUCGAUCCGAAAGUAGAUUAUUCCGCCGAGUACAACGAACUGCUCGAAAUCAUGAAGCAAGCAACCGAUCUGGCUUGGCGUCUCUGGACUCGCAAGACUCGCGUGGAAGUACGCGACUGCGCUGAUAUGAUGAGGCAAUUGGGCAGGAACCAGGCUUUGUUUUACACGUCCAGAAACAAGCAGUUCGAAGCUCAUCCACUGCACAACCUCGACCUGGAUGACGACCCAACUGCGAAGGAUCAAGCGGAGAUUGUCUUGCUCUCGAGCCCAUUGAUCGUCAUCUCGGGAAACUCAGACGGAGAUGACUACAAGAAGCAAACCAUUCUGAAGAGAGCUGUUGUCUGGAUGGGAUGA